AUGACUCGCGCUCAGCAGACCAUCUCCCUUGGGCUCCUGCUCUCCUCCCUCUAUCUGGCCCUGUACCUUGGCCUUAUUCCGCUCUCCCCCAAGAUCCAGGAGCAACUCAUCCCUGUCCUUCCUUUCUGGGCUCUCGUAUCCUUCGGCGCAUACCUUCUGUUCAAGCUGGGACUGGGUGUCUUCACCUUCAAUGAUGUACCCGAGGCGCACAAGGAGUUGAUGCUGGAAAUCGAGCAGGCCAGGAACGAGCUGUCGGCCCAGGGCGUUGACGUCGAUUAA